ACAGUUUUCCGCUGACAGUGUAGCUUCUGUUGUCGAAAACUGAAAACGCCAGAGAGAGAAGGAUGUUCACGUUUUAUGUGCUCUUGGAUCUUCUCUUUAGAGCCACUGGCACUCUGCUCUCCACAAACCCCGGACACAAUGUGACUUUACCCUGUUUCUAUAACUCCAGUGCCAAACAUCUGUGCUGGUACAAACAGGUUGCGGGGGAGCAACCUCAAAUCAUAUCCUCUUUCUACAAAUAUUUACCUGACUCCAACAAAUUCUACAACCAGUUCCAAGACAACGAUCGCUUUUCAGUUCAUACUGGGGAAGGCUUCUACCAUCUGAACAUAUUUAAUGUCCAGGACUCAGAUUCAGCUAUGUACUACUGUGGACACACCAGUAGUGUAGUCACUGAAUUUAACAAUGGAACAUUUUUGGUUUUAACAGAGUCCAGUCGAAGGCCGUUGAUCCAGCAGCCGGCGUCCGACUCUGUGAAGCCAGGCCAAUCUGUCACUCUCAACUGCACGCUGCACAUUGGAACCAGCGACACAGAACACAGUGUUUACUGGUUCAAAAGGGAGAAUUCAAGAAACUCCCAUUUGGGAUUUAUGUACAUCUACACCCACAACCGCAGUCAGUGUGAACAGAGCCUGGGGCCGGAGUUUCCUGCGCGGAGCUGUGUGCACACGUUAACAAAGAGGAAUGUAAGUGUGUCGGAUGCUGGGACGUACUACUGUGCUGUGGCUUCAUGUGGAGAGAUACUGUUUGGGAAAGGAACAAGACUGGAUGUUGAAGAGAAACAGGAGGACAUUUCCCCAGUCUUCUUGCAUUGCAUGGUUGCAGCUCUGCUUGUGUCUGUUUUCUUGAACAUCACCCUAAUCGGCAUGCUCUGCAAAAUGUCCAGGAGAAAAUGUCCUCAUUCUGAAGACAAUUACUGAUCAGUAAAGACGGGGGCGGAUCCAGAAGAUGUAAACAUUACCAGCUCAGACCAGACCUAGGUGGGUCCCGGGGGCAUGGCCACCCCACCCCCACACCCACCCACCCGGGGAGAUUUCUAUCCUAUUACAGCAGCUAUUUGAACUAUUAUUCAAGCAACUUAUUGAUGGAAGGUCUAAAAAUCUGUACAUUGUUUGGGGAAAACAUGAUAGUUGCUGAAAAAAAAAUGCAUUUGAUUAUCAUAAAAGGGGGGUGUAUGUAAAGGGGAGACUCCUGCAUACCCAUAGAACCCAUUUUCAUUCAGACAUCUUGGGCUGGGAGGUGAACGGACCCCUUUGAAUAUGGCAGGCAUAUUAACAUGACAUGGUUGGAACCAAAUGGAUUCCUUCUGGGCUUUUGAGAAAACAUUUGGGGCAGGAGCCCAUGAAGCCACCCCCUGCUCUAGCCUUGUUAGAAGGUAGUGACUGUAAAAUCGGUUUGAUUUAUUUUUUUCAUAGGGCUGCCACCCCACUCGAGAGCCCCAGUAAACACUGCUAACAGUCAGGUAAGCUCAAAAAUCUUCCUAACAAGAGUUAUGUUUUUGCAUAUGGACACAUCCCUCCCAUAACUACAUACGUUUAGCAUCAGGUAGUAACAACGUAGCUUUGGUGUUAUCUCCAGAGUGAGGAAUCUGAUGCUUCGCAGUACAUAGCUCUGGACUUCAAAGAGAUGCAAGGCAAGAGGAGGAGACGGAGGAGCACAGAAGAGGAGAUGAUUUACUCUGGAGUUAAACUGUCCCAGCUGAAGUGAUUGUUACUGUCUGAAGCUAGGGGUAUACGGUUUUCUGGAAAAGGCAACGAAAAAACGCCAACAUUUGCAAAUUAGGUCUGUCAAUCAAUUCAAAUAAUAAGCAUAACA